AUGGAGAGGGACGCAGAGCGCGGGGGCAGUCCCCCGUCGAAGGAGCUCUAUCCUAUGGUGAACUGGAAGUACGACGUGUUCCUGUGGGUUAUCGGCAUUGUCAUCGAUUUGUUUUUCAGAGAGAUUCAACCUAGAGGAUCGUGGAAGGUGCCUAGGGAGGGUCCUGUAUUGUUUGUUGCUGCUCCGCAUGCCAAUCAGUUCGUCGACGCUAUUAUCCUCCAACGAACGCUGCGACGCGAAGCCAACCGUCGAGUCUCACUCCUCAUCGCCCAAAAAUCCGUCCAUGGCUUCAUCGGCUGGGGUUCCCGACAGGUCGGGUCCGUCCCCGUCGGCCGAGCGCAGGAUUCCGCCAAGCCCGCCACGGGGACGAUAUACCUCCCCGAUCCCAUCAACGAUCCCACACUGAUUCGCGGCGUCGGCACCAAGUUCGGAGAGGGUGAAGGCGAGGUCGGCGGCAUGUUGUUCCUGCCAUCGGUUAAGGGCAAGACGGGCGCGAGCGUUGACAUCGCCAAGAUUAUCGGACCCGAGGAAAUCCGCAUUAAGAGGGCGCUGAAGGGAAAGAUACCCAUGGAGCAGCUGACGGGCCGCGACGAUAUCGACGCGGACGGGAAGUUCUUGAACAAGGAGCUCAAGGGCGCUAAGGAAGGGUUCAAGGGAACUAAGUUCAAGCUGGCGCCCCAUAUUGACCAGACCAAGGUCUACGAAGCUGUGUUUGCCCGUCUGCGCGCUGGUGGCUGUGUCGGUAUCUUCCCCGAGGGCGGUAGCCACGAUCGCACCGAGCUUCUGCCUCUCAAGGCCGGCGUUGCUAUCAUGGCGCUGGGCGCUCUCGCCGAGGCUCCCGAUUGCGGCUUGACCAUCGUCCCCGUUGGGAUGAACUACUUCCACCCGCACAAGUUCCGAUCUCGAGCUGUGGUAGAGUUCGGAGCGCCGUUCCACAUCCCUCCCCGCUUGGUCGAACUCUACAAGAAUAAUCAGCGACGAGAAGCCAUUGGCGAGCUUCUCGACGCCGUCUACAAUGCUCUUAGUUCCGUUACCGUCUCGACGCCCGAUUACGAUACCCUCAUGCUCAUCCAGGCGGCACGACGACUUUAUAACCCCACCGGCAAGGUCCUCCCGCUGCCCGUCGUGGUUGAACUCAACCGCCGCCUCGCGCUCGGCUACGAAAAGUACAAGAACGACGACCGCAUCAUCGAACUCCGCGCCGCCGUCAAGAAAUACAACAAGCAGCUUCAGUACCUCAAUCUUCGCGACCACCAAGUCGAAUACGCCAAUCGCUCGGUGCCCUGGGUCAUCUUCACCCUCCUCUUCCGUGUGUUCCGCCUAGGCCUCCUCCUCAUCGGCGUUCUGCCCGGGCUAGUACUCUUCUCGCCCGUGUUCGUGGCCACUAAAGCCAUCAGCCGGAAAAAGGCGCGCGAGGCCCUCGCGGCGUCGACGGUCAAGAUCCAGGGUAAAGAUGUCAUGGCUACGUGGAAGGUGUUGGUGGCUAUGGCAUUCGCGCCGGCGCUGUACCACUUCUACUCGAUCAUCGUCACGCUGAAGGUCUACCAGGAUCGCAUCUGGGGAAUCGUCCCGGAGUGGGCGCCGCUGUGGCUCGUAUACGUGGUGUCGUUCAUCGUCAUGAUCGCCAUCACGUUUGCGGCCUUCAGGGUCGGCGAGGUCGGCAUGGAUAUCUUCAAGUCGCUGAGGCCGCUUGUUUUGUGUCUGCUCCCUAGCUCGCAGCACAGUAUCUACGCGUUGCGCGAGAAGCGCGCCGAGCUGAGCCGUCGCGUUACGGACCUUAUUAACACCCUCGGGCCGGACAUGUUUCCCGAUUUCGAGAGGACACGACUCGUCAGCCCCGGAGAGAAACCCGUCGACGCUACCAUAACGGCGGCGGUGGCGGCGGACGAACGGACCGCCGCUAAGCCUAGGCUACCACGACGAGAUAGCGAGGAGGCGGCCUUCGGCCUGGAGCCCGAGACCCCACCUUACUUCUCGCGCCGCCCCACGAUCCAGUCGUCUGCGGGUCUCCCGCGCAACGAGUCGUACAGUAACAUCGGCGGCGUUGGCAUGUUCUCGACGAGGCCGCCCUCGCGCAGCAGAAGCCGGAGCCGGAGCAGCAGUAGUGGCGGGGGGUUCCCGAUUAGCGCGUUUACGACGCUGGAUUCGACGGGGGGCUUUGAUGAGGCUUCGAGGAGGAUUAGGGAGGCGAUGAGGGAGAGGAGGAGGAAGAAUGCGGCGAAGAUGGUGGUGGAUGCGGAGGAUAGUGAGGAGGAGGAUGAGGAGGAGUAUGAUGAGGCGAGGAAGAAGAAUGAGUGA